AUGAGGUCCCUCACACUCCUGGCUGCCCUUCUCCUCUUGGCCCUCCAGGCCCAGGCUCAGACCGUCAAAGAGACAGAUGACCAGCUUCCCGCCCAGGACCAGCCUGAAGCCAAGGACCAGGGUGAGCUUUGGUCUGAGGACGAGGACCAGGCUGAGGAUGGUGAGCAGGACGUGGCCAUCUCCUUCACAGGAGCGGAACGCCUCGCUCGAGCUGCAGGCUUUGAGAUCAAAAGCAACUGCAAAUGCCGACGCACACGCUUCUGUAAGUUCCGUGAGCGCCACAGUGGAGGCUGCAUGAUCCUCGGCCAUUCAUACAGGCUUUGCUGUAAAUGAGCUUCGUGGACUGAGACUCCAGUAAUUACGAGAUUUCACUGAAGACCUGGACCAUGGUUUAAUCUUUGUAUCUAUACCUUUUCUUCUUUCUCUCUUCAUAAUAAACUUUAAGCAUUAAACUCA